UGGUUCUGGUCGGGAGUGGUGGUCGUGAGGGGGCGUCGCGUGUUUGCCAUUGUGCGGAAAAGGAUUCAUCUGUUUGUGCGUGGCUGAAAUCCCUGCCAACACUUGACAGGAGUUUUGCAUUUCGGUUGAGUGAUCAGCGUAAUCGACUGCGAGCACAUCAAGCGGCAUGGGUUCGGAGAAGAAAGUGUUCUCGUUGAAGGAGGUGCAGCAGCACACCGGGGACCCUGAUAUCUGGAUGAUCAUCCACAAUCGUGUGUACGAUGUCACCAAGUUCAUGGACGAGCACCCGGGCGGCGAGGAGGUGCUGCGGGACAUGGCCGGCAAGGAGGCCACCGAGAACUUCGAGGACGUCGGCCACUCCACCGACGCCCGCGAGAUGAUGAAGGAGUUCGAGAUCGGCGAGCUGGCUGAGGCGGACCAGAAGACCACGAAGCCGAGCACGCUCACCUGGUCCGGCCCGGAGAGCUCCGGUGCCGGCCUGGUGACGUGGCUGCUGCCGCUGGGCGCGGUGCUGCUGGCGGCUCUGCUGUACCGGUACUACGGGGCGUAGGCACUGCCCGCCGACCGCGGCGCCGCCGCACGCAGCGCAGCCCUGCAGCGGGGCAGG